GGAGCUCACGGCGAUAAAAAGAUUAUUCGUCGAGCUCAAGAAUGCUCUAAAUAUCCUAUUUUCGCCUCAAAAUCGCUGUUUUUGGCAGGCUUAUCGUUUUCGUCUAGGCAUGACGAACAGAUCGCUGGUUUCCUCGGCAAAAACUCGUCAGAAAUGAGCUUUGAAUCGAAAUAAAUGUUAAGGAGUUGCCUUUUUGAUGUUUUCUUGAGUAAGAAGUGAGGAUUUUGAAUUUUCUGCGUUCAAUGGCGUCAGAAAACCAACUUUCGUUCAGUUUUACGAUGAGCUCGAGCUUUCCUGAGAAAAAUUGCGGAAAUUCAAAGAAAUUGAAUGGUCAAGAGGCGGUUAAUGGCGAAGAAGGGAUGCAGAGCAGGCCGAGCUAUGCAGCGCUGGCUUACAGGAAGGCAGAAGAAGCAGCUUCCAGAAGGUAUCAAGCUGCAGCAUGGCUAAGAGAAAUGGUUGAUGUAGCCGCGGAUUCACUGCCAAAUGAACCAACUGAAGAAGAAUUUAGGCUGGGACUACACAAUGGUCUUAUUCUUUGUAAUUUGCUUAACACAGUUAAUCCUGGAGCUGUACCUAAGGUGGUGGAAAAUCCGGCACCUUCAGUUCCUUGUCUGGAUGGAGCAGCCUUGUCUGCAAUUCAAUACUUCGAGAAUGUGAGGAACUUCCUUGUUGCAGUUGAAGAAAUGCAGCUGCCAACAUUUGAGGCUUCUGAUUUGGAACAGGGAGGGUCAUCCAUAAAAGUAGUGGAUUGUGUUCUAGGCCUAAAAUCCUACUACGACUGGAAGCAAACAGGAGCACAUGGCCUUCUGAAAUAUGGUGUUAAUGUGAAGUUUCCUGAUGGAAUAAAGCUUCCCAUCAAAGGACCUGGGAAGAACUCUGAGUUAAUGAAUAAUUUAACAUUGAAGAGCAAUCAGGAGCAACUCAAGCAACAGGAUCUGCUCGGAAACAAUGUUACAAGCGCUCUUUUAGAAUACCUCAGAAUCAAAUUCCCUGAAGCUUUUUUGGCAAAGGACUACACAAACAAGGAUCUCUCCAUGAAUUGCAAUGGAACAGCACUCACCAAUCUACUUCUCAAAAUUCUUUCCGACAAAAAGGCUGAAGAACUGCCUAUGCUUGUAGAAUCUAUGUUGACUAAAGUCAUGGAGGAGUUUGAGAGGCGGCUUGCCAACCAAGGGGAGCAGUUAAGAAUGGUUCUAAAGGACCUUCUCAAAUGUGAAGACGAUUCAUUGCUGAAGUCUGAUUUUCUGGGAGCACUUAACAGAAGUUCAUUUCAGUAUAAUGAAGCGAAACAAGGCGAAGAUGCGAAAGUACAGAAUGCAAAACACUUUUCUCAUCUGUCAAGUCAAAUGGAUCAUUAUACAAGAGUUGAUCCAAAGCAGCAACUGCAAUUUAAUCUUGAAAGAGAAAUUGAGGAACUGAAGUACACACUCUACACCACAAAGGAAGGCAUCAAAAUGCUGCAACUAAAAUGGACAGAAGAAUUGGAAAAUCUUGGGAUCCAUCUUCAAGGGGUUGUACAAGCCGCAGAAGGGUAUCACAAUGUUCUAGAGGAAAACAGACAGCUAUACAAUCAAGUGCAAGAUCUCAAAGGGAGCAUAAGAGUGUAUUGCCGAAUCAGGCCUUUCUUGCCUGGACAGGCAGGCUGUCAAACUACAGUCGAUUUUGUUGGAGAGAAUGGUACUCUCAUGAUUGUUAAUCCUGCUAAGCAGGGCAAGGAAGCACGCAAGACAUUUAAUUUCAAUAAAGUGUUUGGAACCUCUGCCACUCAAGAGGAAAUUUUCUUGGAUACGCAACCUCUAAUACGAUCUGUCCUGGAUGGUUACAAUGUUUGCAUUUUUGCUUAUGGACAAACUGGUUCUGGAAAGACAUUUACAAUGAGUGGUCCUCAAGUAAUUACAGAGGAGAAUUGGGGUGUGAACUACAGAGCAUUGAAUGACUUAUUUGAAAUCUCAAAAAACAGGAAAAAUGUGUUUGAAUAUCAAGUUGGAGUUCAAAUGAUAGAGAUAUACAAUGAGCAAGUGAGAGAUCUGCUUGCUACAGAUGGUUCUAGUCGGAGAUAUCCUUUUCUCGUAUAAGCCUAUUACACUUGGGCAUUCUCUUCAAGUUUCUUUUUUCUAUAUUCAAAUUAUGAUUGCUUGAGUCUAAAAACUGAAGAAAUCCUUGACUCCAUGACACUAGAAAUUCGGAACAAUUCUCAGCAAAAUGGACUCAAUGUGCCUGAUGCAAAUUUAAUACCAGUUGUAUCCACAUCUGAUGUGAUCAACCUGAUGAACAUUGGACAGAAGAACCGCGUUGUUGGAGCAACUGCUUUGAACGACCGUAGUAGUCGAUCACACAGUGUUUUGACAGUACAUGUACAAGGAACAGAUUUGGCCACAGGAUCAAUCCUUCGAGGAUGCCUUCAUUUAGUGGACCUUGCUGGAAGUGAGAGGGUUGAUAAAUCUGAGGCUACAGGAGAUCGAUUGAAGGAAGCCCAACACAUCAAUAAAUCACUUUCAGCCUUGGGAGAUGUGAUCUCUGCACUUGCACAAAAGAACUCACAUGUUCCCUACAGAAAUAGCAAGCUAACACAGUUGCUUCAGGAUUCCUUAGGGGGGCAGGCUAAAACUCUUAUGUUUGUGCACAUAAGUCCGGAAGCAGAGUCUUAUGGAGAGACAUUAAGUACUCUCAAAUUUGCGGAGCGAGUAGCCACUGUUGAACUCGGUGCAGCUCGUUCUAAUAGAGAGAGUGCCGAAGUUCGGGAGCUCAAGGAACAGAUAUACAAUUUGAAAGUUGCAUUGGCCAAAAAGGAAUCUGAAGGAGAACAGUCUCAGAGCAUGAGAAGCUCUAGGAGUAGUACUGAAAGACAGCGGAUGAAGGUUGGAUUAUCACCAUUGCCAUUGCAGAGACAAAUCAGAGAUUCUCAAGCACAGUCAAACAGGAGACAGCCUAUGGAAGAGGUUGGAAACAUUGAGGGUAGGAGCAUUUCUUCAGGAAGGCAAAGGAAACCCAUCUAUAAUAGGGACCUUCCAGGGGAGGAAGCUGAAGUGAAUUAUCCCCGGCUGGUAUGCCGACCAUCUCCAGAGAGGAGAUCAUUAUCUGCUGACAGAAGAUCAUUGUCUGCUGAAAGAAGAUCACUCUCUGCUGAUCGUGGAAAUCACACAAAGAGCAGAAUUAAACAUGAUAUCUUAGAGGAACAAGAAGCAAGAAAAUGGCAAGACAAGGUGAUGGUAAAUAGACAUUUAACAAUUCAUAGUGCAGCUUCACGAAAUGAUGCUAUGAGGGAAGCUUGUGAGUUGGCAAAACAAGAUAGCAUUUCUGAUAUGUUCUAUCAGAAGUAUUAUGCCAAUCCAAGGAAGAUCUAUCCAGAGAGAGAAGACAUCCAAUUUUUGAUGGACCGUAAUGAAGCACAUGUAGGAAAAAGGAAUAAACUUGAGGUGAAAGGGAAGCAAGAAACUCAGGUAAGAAGAACUCCACCCGGAGCAACAGAUGAAUCAGACAUAGAUGUGUACAGAACAAGUGACUGUUCUGAGACAGAUUUAUUGCAAUUUAAGGAACUUAAUCUGGGUGACAUAACUACAAUCCAACAUGUUCCAAGGAUUAGAAAGACUCCACAGACCUCUACAAGGAGUUCUCAACCUGUGGAGAGAAGAAGUCCAAGCCAAGCCAGAAGCCCUGCUUCAGCAAGCAGGUUGUACAAUGGCAAUGGACAGAUGAAAGCUCGAUCAGUGAGGCAAUCAGUUGCUAGCCUGCCUCCUGGGGGAAUGGAAUCAAAACGCAUUUCACCAGGAGGAAAAUUCACAUUCGAAGGCAGGGUUGCCUCGAUUUCACCCGAAGGAUCAUCUCUCGAGAAUUAUGCAAAGACGACUUUUUACAGGCAGCCAUUUGAUACUCAGAUUGGAGAGGCAUCAUCCACACCAUCAAGAAGAUGGCAUUGAGGAUUGUUGUCAGUAUUACUGUAUUAUUUAUUAUAUUUUUUCAAUUAUUAUUUUGGUGUAUUAUUUAUUUGAUCAAAAGGAAGCUAAGAGCAUUGAUGAACCUAUCCUAGAUGAUGGAUAGAAGAGUGGAAAAACUGUUGAUUAAUUUCCAUGCUUGUUGUGUGGUGUACAUAAUUUGAGCAGUACACACGAUUGUGAUGCUCUUAUCACCAAUGGGAUAUAAUCUUAUGGAAGUCCUGUUCUAAUGGCUUAUGUAUCUCAUCCUAUAUGUCUUUGGGAUUUUGAGUUGUAUAUGUCUACCAGCUUCACCCUUCAGCAAUAAAAAACAGAAAUUUUUAGCUGUC